AGGAUCGUGCUUUGACUGCUUUCCAUGGCUAAAGGAGGACAUUAGUUUUGACUUGGACUAUCGUCGACUCUGGAUUGGAGACUUGGAGCAGUGUGACGGAGUCCCUUCCCCAGCUGGAGAAACGAAAGAUGGCGAAGAACGAGGUUAUCAGGAAGGCGGAGGAGUUGGUGGAGAAAGCCAUGAAAGGGAACGAUGCAUCUCACGAUGCUGCCCAUGCCUUCAGAGUGCGGGACCUCGCUCUUUCUCUCGCCUGCGAAGAAGGCCUCACUUCAUCUCCCGAUUCCAUGUUUAUUGUGGAGCUGGCUGCUCUUCUGCAUGAUAUAGGAGACUACAAAUAUGUGAGUGACCCAUCUGAGGCAAAAGUUGUUGAAGAAUUCCUUGAAAAUGAAGGGAUAGAGGAGAGCAAGAGGAUAAAUGUUUUGAAGAUCAUAAGGGGAAUGGGGUUUAAAGAGGAAGUUGAAGGUCAUGCAAAUGGUAGUUCCUCACUGGAAUUUGGGGUUGUGCAAGAUGCAGAUCGGCUUGAUGCAAUUGGUGCCAUAGGAAUUGCUAGAUGCUUUACAUUUGGUGGAAGUAGGCACAGAGUUCUGCACGACCCUAAAAUUCUUCCCCGUUCAGAUCUGUCCAAGGAAAAAUACAUGAACAAAGACGAGCAGACAACUAUUAAUCAUUUUCAUGAGAAGCUUCUCAAGCUGAAGGACUUGAUGAAAACUCAGGCUGGGAAGAGAAGGGCUGAAAGGAGGCACAAAGUUAUGGAGGAUUAUCUCAAAGAGUUCUAUGAAGAGUGGGAUGGCAGAGCUUGAACAGAUGCUACGUAUGGCGAGGGUUUGAACAAGAUCUCUGUGUUUUGUACUCUGUUGAACUCCAGCCAGUAAUGUCUACUAGAUUUUGUUAAGGUUUUUGAUUUGA